UAUGUUGACAGUAGUACUGCUAGCUCUUGUUGGGGCAGCAUUUGCUUCUGAUGAAGCGUGUCCUAUGAAUGGCAUCUUUGGGUAUGGACCUAAGGGGUACGACCACGCUCUGGGAGUGGUGAAAGCUAGGAUUAUGAAACCAGCACCUGACUUUACUGCCCCUGCUGUAGUCAAGGGAAAGUUUGAGGAUAUCACACUUUCUUCUUACAAAGGUAAAUACGUGGUUCUCUUCUUUUACCCUCUUGACUUCACCUUCGUGUGCCCGACUGAGAUAAUCGCUUUUAAUGACAGACUCAGCGAGUUCACCAAGAUUAACACCGAGGUAAUCGCAGCAUCUGUAGACUCUAAGUUUACUCAUCUGGCUUUUAUUAACACUCCUAGAUCAAAAGGUGGGUUGGGAGAGAUGGAUAUCGCGAUAGUAUCAGAUCUAACCAGACAGAUAUCACGUGAUUACGGAGUAUUGUUGGAGGAUGCUGGCCACACUCUCAGGGGACUCUUCAUCAUAGACGACAAGGGAAUUCUACGACAGAUAACAAUGAAUGAUUUACCAGUUGGAAGAAGUGUAGACGAAACCCUCAGGUUGGUACAAGCAUUCCAGUACACCGACCAACACGGUGAAGUAUGCCCAGCUAAUUGGACACCCGGUAAAGAUACCCUUAAACCAGAUCCUGACGGUAAACUUGAAUACUUUGAAAAGCACUGUAACAAGAAAUCUGGGAAAUCUGACGAGCUGUAAAUGUGGUUAUGUGAUAUGUGACGUCAUGUUAUAAGUUGUGACGUCACGAUGUGAGUUGUGACGUCAUAUUAGGGGUUAUGGUAGAUCCUGAAGAAUUUUGGUUUUUUUACAUUUUUUAGUCACUGUUAUGACUGAUAAUUUUAUGCUUUGCUUCAGUUACAACUACUUAAAGGACCAGUUAACUGAAAAAAAAGUUAUCCUCAUAUUUUGACAGAUUGUGACAAAUAGCAAACUAAGCAACGAGUCGAAAUUCCUAAAUCUCUAACUGCUCUCUAACGCGUGUAAAUAGCGUUUGUAUUAUUUUGGCGAUGACGUCACGAAGUCCCUUGCGCGCACAGAGGAGCUCGUGAGAAUGUAUUUUAUAGGUAGAAAAUGGACAUAAUACAAUGUUUUUCCCCGAAUAACUCGAAAAGUAAGUAAUUUAGGGUACAUGUUGCUUCAUAAGUUGUAUAUAAACAUGGCCAUUCUGCACAAUUUACACACAUUCAAAAACCUUUAGGGCCUUCAUAGCCCAAUUUACCAGAUAUCCAUAGUUUUGCAUGAUUUCUGGAACCGAAAAUCAGUUUUUCGCUAAUAACUGAAAAAGUAAGCCCUUUAAGGCAUAUGUUUGUUCGUAAGUCAUAUAU